AUGAACCGUUUUGUACUUUUAGUUAUUCUCUUUAUCUAUUAUAUGACAUGGUUGAUUUUGCCAAUGUUUGAAUUUGAAGACCGAAUACCGUAUCUAUUUCCUAUUCCCAGUGUAUAUGCAAUAUAUCUACCCAUCUGGUUAUUGUUGAUAGGCUUUACAUUAGUUGGAACAUUCUUAGGAUUUCUCUUGCUUACCACCGAGAAUCCUUAA